AUGGAUGACAGGUUCUGACGGUCCCUUCCAAUUUCCUCUCAGCUAUUCCAUUCAAUUUCAGGGUCAAGAAAAGGUACGUGUUCCUGAUAAGUCGUGCGCUUUCCUCCACAAUGUCCAUCAUCUCGAUCGUUCUUCUGCCGGUAGCCAUCCUGGCGACUGAUUAUAACUUUUGGUUUAUGGCCUUCUUCAUCAUUUUCGACAUGCUCAGUUUCUUAUCGUUUCUAGGUGUGCACCUUCUUGAUAGAGACCGUGACCGAGUUCGUUCAGGAGGCAUUGUGGGAACGACUGUGACCAUUUAUGUUGUUGUAGUCCAUCCCACUUAUUACCGUCGUGAACUGUCUUAUCACAAGUGUGUCAUUCUUGUCAUAGUGUUUUGGGUUUGCUCUGUGAUUGUGGCGGUAAGAAUUAUUGUUGUGUUCGGUAUGAAUGUAGUUUGUAUUUCAGGUGGGAUGUGGCACUGUUCAGGCGGCAUUCAUGGGCAAGAACUCUCCGUUCGAAUGCGACUAUCACACGUGUGAGAAGCCUGUUUUGUUCUUUGCCAGUGAGAAGUUCAUAUCAAGUGAUAAAGCUUUAAACGAUUAUGUUCCAGUCACCUGCAUCUCUGUCGCCCUCGUAUUCUCUCUCGGAAUUCAGUCCUUUGUCAUAUUUUCUCUUUUCCGUCACGAGAAAAAGUCAAAAGAACGCGGUGACUUUUCGAGCACUACUAGAGCAAUGACGGGAGUGAAAAGAAGGCUGAUCUCGGGCUUCUUCGUGUUCGGAAUGAUGGCAGUCUUCGAGAUCACCUCUGCUGUUAUGCUCGUUCAGUGUGUGUUCAGUGUCACAGAUGAGUGUGAGUUGGGUUGAUCUGAGUAUCUGAGAAAGUUAACCCAAAAAUGUUGCAGUCACUUCUCUCUGCGACAUACUUUCUUCCAGUAGAUAUCGCCUGGAAGUUGUCAUUUUUUCCGCCAUCCUCACUCUUUUAUGGUAUGUAGUUACUCAUUUUUUGAGCCGAAUCUUGCAUCCAUCAGAAGUUGUUCAGGGGCAUCGGUCUGUUCUUCGAUCCCAUUUUCACAAUAAUGUUCGAUCCGAUCUUCUCUCGUCAGUUCAGCCGACAUGUACUAAAUGUGAAAUGAGAAUAACAACCCUAUUAUCUUUUAGGUUUCAUUUCUAAAAUCGAAAAUCUCGGUGAGGCACUGGCCAGAAGAAACUUCGAAUCACUUAUCAGUGAUUCAUCACUAGCACUAAGCACUCAUUUUCCUACUAUCGAUCGAUCGACCUCCAAUGUCAUGUCUCCAAGUAUUUUCGAGAAUUGUACUCGGAGGUUUUCAAUUGAACAUGACUUUGAGAACUGCACAGACACAACCAAUCAGUGCAAUUUGAUAAAGGUGAGCGAGGAUCGGUUAUCAGUUAUCAGAGAACACUUUCAGGACAUUUCGUCGGCAGGCCUGGUUCUGGAAUGGGUCACUCUUUAUGUUUCGACUUCAAUCUUUUUCCUAUCUGCUAUUCUGAAUGUGUACAGUUUCAUCACUGCCGUCUACACAUACAUUCCGCUAGAUUCCGAGUAAAACCGCUGUCUGUUUCGUUCUGAAUCGUAAGAUUUUCAGUGCCCGAAAGCAUUACGUUUUCGUGCUCAGUCGGAUGCUCUCCUCCAUAUUGACCGUCUGUGCCCUUCUCAUCCUCGAAUGUUCCCUGUUCACCAAAGAAGUUCCCUUUUCCUUCACCUUCUACGCAUUCGCCUUCUCUUUCUAUAACUUCAGUUUGGACAGUCUAUUGAGUCAGUCGAGCACAGCCACUUUCCCUUAUCCCUUUCUUACAGUAUCCUAUAUAUUUGUCUCUUUCAUGACCUAUUUCGGAGUUGUACAUCCAAUUUUCUACCAGGAGAAGCUGACUUUGAAGGUGUUGUACCUGACCGUGGUUGCCACGUGGAUUGUCUCUCUGAGCCUGGCCAUUCCUCUCGGCCUCUUCCAAGCAGCCGCUAAUGUGCCUGGCCCGGUCAGUUGUGAUUUGCAUUAUUGUGUAAAAGUGGUCGAAUGGAUUACUUGUGAGUUGUUAUUUAUCAGUCGAGCUCUUCUCUUUUUCAAUCCGAUUUCAGUCUCCCUGGCCUGUUUCACAUUGCUCAUGACCGUUCUUCUCACUGGAUUCGUAGUAGUCUCCCUCUAUUGGCAUCAUUAUCAGGCGAAAAAGGUCAGCACAUUCCUUUUCUCAAUUGAGAUUCUAGAUCUUUCUCAGAACGGAAUCAAAGUCUCCGGGGCCGUUGACCGUGCCCGUGUCCGACUCACUUGGACCUUCGUCGCCCUCGUUCUCAUCUGUUUCAUCGAGCUGUUCCCGGUCGGAAUGCUCAUCGGAUUCAAUCAAAGCAUGCAAUUUCCUGCCCAAUAUGUAUCACUUUUAAAUUCCGAUUCCAGAUGACUUGUCCAGCUGCGAUAGCUUCUAUCAUGCCAACGAACUUCUUGUUCAGGCCAUAGUCUCUUCUCUCGAGACGUUAGUUGGGUACACACUCAGACAUGGGCUUCUGAAGUUAUUCUGUGCGUUUGCAGGUCGCUGGUAUUCCUCACCGACCCAAUUGUGAACAUUUUUUUCGAUAAAAACAUUUCUCAAACAGUUAAAAGACACGUGAGCCCUACUCUCAACUCCCUAUUCGUAAGAUUCAUUUUUAGAUGACGUGGAUUCGCACUCUAUUCUCUUCCAAAACCGUUGCUUUAUAA